UAAAAUUAAAAAAUAAAAAUAAAGCGUUGCCCUUUUCUCUUAGCUGCUACAGAGUCCUUGGUAGUUUACUCGGCGGAGACGAAAAAGAGAGAAUCACUCAUUUUGAGCGUUAAUGGCGACUCUCAGAAUUUCCAAUCCAGCCUCCGAAUUAUCACACUCUCAUUCUCCCAUGGCACACAUUUCCGUCGGCUUUUCGCCGUUGCUAAGCAAAAAUGCACCCUGCAACACCUCUUCAACGCAUCGCUCCAGAAAUUUUUGCACCUCCAAACGCCACCACACUGCGGUUUACUGCUCCUUCAUACCUACAGACUCCGCCAAGAUUAAGGUCGUCGGCGUCGGAGGCGGAGGUAACAAUGCCGUCAAUCGCAUGAUUGGUAGCGGCUUGCAGGGAGUGGACUUCUACGCCAUAAACACGGAUGCUCAAUCUCUUCUGCAAUCUGCUGCGGAGAAUCCUAUUCAGAUUGGGGAGCUUUUGACUCGUGGACUUGGUACUGGUGGAAACCCACUUUUGGGUGAACAAGCUGCAGAGGAGUCGAAGGAAGCUAUUGCGAAUUCUCUUAAGGGGUCAGAUAUGGUGUUUAUAACUGCUGGAAUGGGGGGUGGUACAGGUUCUGGUGCAGCUCCGGUUGUUGCACAAAUUGCUAAGGAAGCAGGGUACCUGACUGUUGGCGUUGUUACCUACCCGUUCAGCUUCGAGGGACGCAAGAGAUCUACUCAGGCUCUUGAAGCAAUUGAAAAGCUGCAGAAAAAUGUGGAUACACUUAUCGUGAUUCCAAAUGAUCGUCUUCUAGAUAUUGCUGAUGAACAUACCGCCCUUCAAGAUGCUUUUCUCCUAGCUGAUGAUGUUCUCCGUCAAGGUGUCCAAGGGAUAUCUGAUAUAAUCACAAUACCUGGUCUGGUAAAUGUGGAUUUUGCUGAUGUUAAGGCAGUCAUGAAAGAUUCUGGUACUGCUAUGCUUGGAGUGGGCGUUUCCUCUAGCAAGAACCGUGCUGAAGAAGCAGCCGAACAAGCCACACUGGCUCCAUUGAUUGGCUCUUCCAUCCAAUCUGCUACCGGAGUUGUUUACAAUAUUACUGGUGGAAAGGAUAUAACACUUCAAGAAGUAAAUAGGGUAUCUCAGGUUGUUACGAGCCUAGCAGACCCUUCCGCGAAUAUUAUAUUUGGUGCAGUCGUGGAUGAGCGAUAUAAUGGAGAGAUACAUGUUACUAUUAUUGCAACUGGGUUCACUCAGUCAUUUCAAAAGACACUUCUGACUGACCCAAGGGGAGCAAAGCUGUUGGAGAAGGCAGGCAGCCAAAACAGCAGCAAGUCCCCAGUGGCACUCAGCUCUUCUGCCUCUUCCGUCAAUGCUAAUCAGCCGCCUUCUCGAAGACUCUUCUUUUAGGUUCAUAUUUGGUUUACAUUUCUUUCAUUGUUUCUUUUCAUGAUUCAUAUGUUCAUUCUGGUGCAAUUAGGUAGGGUUAAUAUUGCAGGUUCGUACAACUAUUAUGAUCUUUUGUAUAUUGUAUGUUGGAUUGCACUUUUUUAAUGUAUGCCUCUUAGUUUGUGGUC